AUGACCACGCUUGCACGAAACUUUUCCGGAGAAACAGGCUGCGGUAGUCCAAACGCCCAUCAUAGCUUUGGUAUACGGAACCCCGAAAAGAUGAAUUACUACAGCAACCCAUCUUUUGUGCCCACUGGGCCCAGAUCUUACCAGGGCAAUGGAGAUGCACGAAACAACCGUGCAAACAACAACCGCAACGGCAACCCAUCUUUCGUGCCCAAGGGGCGCAGACAAUACCAGAACAAUGGAGGUGCUCGAAACAACCGUGCAAACAACAACAACUACAACGGCAAUGGCAACGGCAACAACCAAUGGCACCCUCGCAAUGGCAAUGGCAAUCACAACAACCAGUGGAACAGCAAUCGAAAUGGGUCUGGAAAUGUCAGCUCUACUGACAAUGGCACUGACAAUUCAAACAACCACUGGGGCAACAACGAGAACUUCAACCCCAACUACAAGGGCAAGAACUUCAACCUCAACUACAAGGGGAAGAACUUCAACCCCAACUUCUCUCGUCCCGUACCGGCAAAUGUUGGUCAGGUUCGAAAUGGCAAUCGGAGAAACCAGCGCAACAACUACAACAACCGCCAAAACCAGCCAAUGCAUGCCGGGAAUUACAACAUCGACGUUCAGAUGGCUGAAGCACCAUCCGAUGAGCCAAAUGACAUCGAGAUGCCAGACGCACCACCUCUCCCUGAUCCAAGGAUCGAGGCCUUCACCAUGGGUGCUCUUGCAGUCAAAGAAUUUGCCGAUACCAUGCUCAGGAUAGCUAGCCAAUUGGACCCUAACUUCGUCCCCAACUGA